AUGGCAAAAUACAGGAAGUCAUCCAUGGCCCCGCCUUUCGGGCGUUCUCGCCCAAUGCAGCGCAAAGUGGUUGUAUGCGGAGACGGUGCUUGUGGCAAGACAUCACUGCUGAACGUUUUCACCCGCGGAUGGUUCUCCGACGUCUACGAACCAACCGUGUUUGAAAACUUUGUACACGACAUCUACGUCGACGAGCAGCUCAUCGAGCUCAGUCUCUGGGAUACCGCUGGACAGGAGGAGUUUGACCGCUUAAGGUCGCUCAGCUACGCAGAGACUCAUGUCAUCAUGCUCUGCUUCUCAGUGGACAACCCCACGUCAAUGGAGAAUGUGGAGAUCAAGUGGAUCCCGGAGAUACUGGAGUACUGCCCGGGAGUGAAGGUACGCUGGGCCCGGUCUCUCAAAUGCGAUCUUCGAGAAGACCAGGAGACCGCGAUCAAGUUAGCUCGCCACGGCACGCACACAGUGCAAUAUGAGGAGGGGUUGACGGUCGCAAGACGGAUACGGGCGUCCCGUUACCUUGAAUGUAGCUCCAAGCACAACCGUGGGGUCAAUGAGGUCUUCUAUGAGGCCGCUCGAGUGUCUUUGAGCACACGAUCUAAGGGCGCGGGGGGCUACGGCGGUGGCAGCAAGGGCGGGUGCAUUAUCGUCUAG